AUGGACUCGAGGCGCGGGGCGGCGGCGGCGCUGCUGGCGCUCCUGUGCGCGGGCUGUGCGCUCCGCGGCGGGCGCGCCCAGUACGAGCGCUACAGCUUCCGCAGCUUCCCGCGGGACGAGCUGAUGCCGCUCGAGUCGGCCUACCGCCACGCGCUGGACCAGUACAGCGGCGAGCGCUGGGCCGAGAGCGUGGGCUACCUGGAGAUCAGCCUGCGGCUCCACCGCCUGCUGCGCGACAGCGAGGCCUUCUGCCACCUCAACUGCAGCACGGCGCCCCAGCCCGAGCCCGCCGCCGGCCUCGCCCGCUACCCCGAGCUGCGCAUAUUCGGGGGCCUGCUCCGCCGCGCGCACUGCCUCAAGCGCUGCAAGCAGGGGCUGCCAGCUUUCCGCCAGUCGCAGCCCAGCCGGGAGGUCCUGGCCGACUUCCAGCGCCGCGAGCCUUACAAGUUCCUGCAGUUCGCCUACUUCAAGGCAAAUAAUCUGCCGAAAGCCAUCGCAGCCGCACACACCUUUCUGCUGAAGCAUCCCGAUGACGAGAUGAUGAAGAGAAACAUGGCGUAUUACCAGAGCUUGCCCGAUGCUGAGGAUUACAUUAAAGACUUGGAAAGCAAGCCGUACGAGAGCCUGUUCAUCAGGGCGGUGCGGGCGUACAACGGCGAGAACUGGAGAACGUCCGUCACGGACAUGGAGCUGGCCCUUCCCGACUUCUUCAAAGCCUUCUACGGGUGUCUCGCAGCCUGCGAAGGCUCCAGGGAGAUCAGGGACUUCAAGGAUUUCUAUCUCUCCAUCGCAGAUCAUUACGUGGAGGUCCUGGACUGCAAACUGCAGUGUGAAGACAACCUCACCCCGGUGAUCGGAGGCUAUCCUGUCGAGAAAUUUGUGGCCACCAUGUAUCAUUAUUUGCAGUUUGCGUAUUAUAAAUUGAACGACCUGAGGAACGCAGCCCCCUGUGCCGUGAGCUACCUGCUGUUCGACCCGGAUGACAAGGUCAUGAAGCAGAACCUGGUGUAUUACCAGUACCACCGGGAGAAGUGGGGCCUAGCCGACGAGCAUUUCCAGCCCAGGCCAGAAGCCGUCCAGUUCUUUAACGUGACCACGCUCCAGAGAGAGCUGCGUGACUUCGCGAAGGAACACCUAGUGGACGAUGACGAGGGUGAGGUGGUGGAGUACGUGGAUGACCUCUUGGAGAUGGAGGCGGCCAGCUAGUCUCUAGCAACCCCAGUGGCUUCCCCUCGAUGUUCAGGAAGCACAGGAGUCUUUGUUCUUGUUCCCGGUUGUGAAUACCUCAGAGCCUUCCCCUCCCCCUGGGAAGUGGAAGGGAAGCCCCGUCUCUCACUCCAGGCUCCUCCGGGUCAGCCCACCGUCCCGUGUUCCCACUUGUCUCCCCGACUUCUUACCUGCUCACCCUGUGUCUGCUCCUCUGUCUCCACAUGCACACCUGCCAUCUCCACGAUACCUACCUUUCUCACCACGCCAGCUGGAAGGACAGACAGCCUGCUAGGAUUUGUUCAUGUCCUCCAGAAAAGUCAGUAUUAUUUUUUAAAGAAGAGAAACCCUCCUAAAAAAUGACCCUCGUGAGAACCUACUCUGGCCUCUUUGUUCUUCCAGCCUCUAGUCUCCUGUCUCCUAGCAGGAGACAUGGGGGGACGGGGCUAAGCUUCUCCACACCUGGGGGUGGUUUUCACUGUCUGGCUUGCCCCAUGUUGGCACUCACUGAAAAAGCGCAUUGGGGAGACGGUGCAAAAUGCAGAAAAAUGACUUGUACCCAGCCGUCUUCCAUCUUCCGCUUUACAGUGGUUGGUUGGUGGUUCUCAUUGAAGACCUUGCUCGGUGAGUUAAAAAUGGACAAACCCCAGAAAGCAUCUAGCUUCAUUCAGUCUUUCAAUAAAUAUUUAUUAAGCAAC